AUGGGGGCGCACCGUAAUCAGGUUCCAAACAUCAGAGGUCGUUUACCACGCGAUCGACGUACGCACGGCGUACUGUGCUAUCAGUCUGGUACAAAUAUAUUUGCAUCUCAGCAAGGCAUGAAUGCUCCGCCUGGUAUUGGUGCUGUACGUCAAGCAACCAUGGAAAUUGAGGGACUUGGUCUCACGUCAGUUCACAAAAUUUUCUGA